CCGCCCACAAGUGCGUAGCCACCCCACCCGCCGCCGUCCUCCUCAUAUGAACAUGUCCUAAGUUUGCCGCCGCAUGCAAACGCACCUCGCAAGGCACGGCGAAGCUCCGGGUAUGUAUAGCUUGUGAUGUCUGCGUCGUCCUUGCCUUGACACCGAGGCCAAACCAGCCAUGCGAGCAUCCGUCUCCGCCUCCUCCGCGCAACCUUGCUUGCCGUGCUUGCACAGCCAUGGAAACGGCAGGGCGGUCGCCGCCGCCUAUGCCGUGGCGGCGUGCCUUGUGGCGGUGACCUUCUUGGCGCUGGCUGCCCUGGACCCCAGGGCGCAAGCUUCCAGCUGGUUCUUGUCGUCGUCGUCGUCUUCCUCCCUCUCCUCUUUCUCCUCCUUGCAGCCGAGCGGAGGUGGCGGUGCCUCUGAGCACCUGCUGGUCACAUCCAGCUCGUACUCCGACGACGGCGACAGCAGGAACAGCACCGGCAAGGAGGUGCACGAGGAGGUGCAGGUUGGUGGUGAUGACCUCCUGCUGUCCUUGAUCAACCCCAGCUCCGGCCGUGGCGCGCCUCAGCUCUCCGUCACGCCGCCGACCGCCGCACCGGAACUGGAACCGACGCCGGCCGCACUGGCUCCACCUGCAGCGACGGAAAGUUCAGAUGAGGUGAUCGAAGCCACACCACAGGUGCCGAGGAGAAGGGAUGUAAAAUUGGAGAGAUUAGAACUUGGUCUGGCCAAAGCUCGGUCGGCGAUAAUGGAAGCUAUCAAGAACAAAGACAAGAGGCCUCCGUUGGCUGACAAAGAUUAUGUGCCAAUGGGGCCGAUCUACAGGAAUGCCUAUGCAUUUCACAGGAGCUACUUGGAAAUGGAGAAGCUGUUCAAGGUGUAUGUGUACGAGGAAGGCGAGCCGCCGGUGUUCCACGACGGGCCAUGCCGCAGCAUAUACUCGACGGAGGGCAGGUUCAUCUACUCCAUGGAGAUGGAGAGCCGGCUGCGGACCAGGGACCCGGACCUCGCCCACGCCUUCUUCCUCCCCUUCAGCGUCGUCAAGAUGGUGAAGAUGAUCUACGAGCCCAACUCGCACGACAUGGGCCCGCUCAAGCGCACCAUCUCCGACUACAUCGGCGUGCUGUCCGCCAAGUACCCGUACUGGAACCGCAGCCUCGGCGCCGACCACUUCAUGCUCUCCUGCCAUGACUGGGGGCCGUAUGUGUCGUCGGCGAAUGGUCAUCUAUUUGGCAACUCCAUCCGGGUGCUGUGCAACGCCAACACGUCGGAGGGCUUCAACCCGUCCAAGGACGUGUCCCUGCCGGAGAUCAACCUCCGCACCGACGUCGUGGACCGGCAGGUUGGUGGCCCCUCGGCGUCGCGCCGCCCGAUCCUGGCCUUCUUCGCCGGCGGCAACCACGGCCCCGUCCGGCCGUCGCUGCUGGCGCACUGGAAGGGGAAGGGGCAACCCGACGUGCAGGUGAGCGAGUACCUGCCCCGCGGCGUGUCGUACACGGACAUGAUGCGGCGGAGCCGCUUCUGCCUGUGCCCCGGCGGGUACGAGGUGGCGUCCCCGCGGCUGGCGGAGGCCAUCUACCUGGAGUGCGUGCCCGUCGUGGUGGACGACGGCGAGUACGCGCUGCCGUUCGCGGACGUGCUCAACUGGGACGCGUUCGCCGUGCGGCUCCGCGCCGCCGACAUCCCGCGGCUCCGGGAGGUGCUCUCCGCCGUGUCGCCGCGGCACUACAUCCGAAUGCAGCGGCGGGUUCGGGCGGUGCGGCGGCACUUCAUGGUGCAUGGCGGCCCGCCGCGCCGGUACGACGCGUUCCACAUGAUCCUGCACUCGGUCUGGCUCCGGAGGCUCAACGUCAGGAUCGCCGCGCGGGGCUAGCUGAUUUCUCCUCGGAGCUUGGCACGCACCUGCUAGCUGACAGAUGACGCGGUCUGAUUGUCUGUGUUAAACACUGUGAUGAAGAGUGAGUUCCUUGGGUUGUUGGUGUAAAUUUUGAGUGGGGGUUGGAGGAAUCUUGGAGCUGCAUUUUGGAAAUGAAAUGGUUGACAUCCAUCUUCAAAAAAAGAAGAAAAAAAGGAGAAACGGUGCACUAGAACAUGGUUUCUUGCAGUCUGUUUCAGUGCAACCUGCACACACAGACACAACUAAGGGGACGGUGCACUGUAUAAAAUCGG